AUGUGGGGAACCAAGCUGCUGCUGCGCGAUUCGAGUCCCCCACCAACAUCAAGCCGGAAGACUUGGAGCAGGCACCAGAUCGGCACAAAUUGGAUUGUGCAGCGCAGUGCGAGAAAUCUGACAGAAAAACAGAGCAGAGCUCAUACUGCAAUAUUUGCAAUGGCCGACCUCGCUCUGCACACCGAGCGACAUGUCAAAUACUAUCUCCGAUGUCUGAAGACGUUCCUACCAUCAGCCUAUCUCUCCAAUGACUCCAAUCGCAUGCUACUGGCCUUCUUAACACUGACUGGUCUCGACACUCUCGGCGUCCUACAAAGCAAAACCACCCCGGAGGAACGACAAGCGUAUAUCGACUGGCUGUAUCACUGCCAGGUGCCGACGGGAGGAUUUCGCGGGUUCUCGGGGACAGACUUUGGCGCAGAAAAGCGAACUGUCGAGAAUGAGGCCUGGGACCCGGCGAAUGUGCCGGCGACAUUCUUUGCGCUAGUCAAUCUGCUAAUUCUGGGAGACGAUCUGUCGCGUGUCAAGCGGACGGAAUGUCUCCGAUGGCUUCCACGGCUGCAGCGCGAGGAUGGCAGUUUUGGAGAAGUUCUUGGACCUGGUGGGGAAGUUGCUGGGGAUCGGGAUCUGCGGUAUUGCUGCUGUGCAACUGGGAUACGGUAUAUUCUGCGUGGGAGCAGUGGGAAAGGUGUUGAAGAUGUGGAGGAUAUCGAUGUGUCGAAACUAAUAACAUUUAUUCAAGCUUGCCAGAGUUACGACGGUGGUAUGGCUGAGUCUCCGUUCCGUGAAGCGCACAGUGGCCAUACAUAUUGUGCAAUUGGAUCUCUAGAGUUUCUGCGUCGGGCAUCAACUGACACCCAACCAGCGACGCUGUUGUCGCCUGGUUCUCCGCAGUUCGAGACGUUGUUGGCCUGGUUAACAUCACGGCAAACGGCCGAUCUCGGCGAGCAGGAGGGUGAGGACGAGGACGAGGGUGAACGGGAUGAUCAAGGGACCGAGAAAGGGGUGUCGGCAGAGACAGAUACUGCCCAGGAUCAACGGUCAGAAGAUGCAGAGACCGGUUCUCUAGAUGACAUGAUCCUAGGACUGUCCAAGCUCGCACUGGUGGCAGACAACACGAUAGACUGCGCCGGGUUCAAUGGCCGCUGCAACAAGGUGGCGGACACUUGCUAUUCGUUCUGGAACGGAGCAACACUGAAGAUGCUGGACCGGUUCUCGGUGAUCGAUGACGUUCGCAAUCGGCGGUACUUGCUGAGGAAGACGCAGCAUCUCGUGGGUGGCUUUGGAAAGGCGGCGGGUGAACCCCCCGAUCUCCUCCACUCCUGCUUUGGCUUGAUUUCACUGGCCUUUCAAGGCGAGCCGGGUCUUGCUCGCGUCGACCCGGCGCUGGUCACGACCGAACGAGUCAUCGAGCAUCUCGAAUCACUGCCGUGGCGAACAUAG